AUGACUGUGCUGGCCAGGGCCCGGCGGGGUAUCCGGCAGCUCUCUCCACAGGUGGUGUUGCUCCUGCUCUUCGUCUUCUGCCUACUCAGUGUUUUCGUCUCUGCGUAUUAUUUAUAUGGGUGGAAAAGGGGCUUGGAGCCCUCUGGGGACGUGGUGGGGCCGGACUGUGAUGAGCCCAAGGUCGCCCCUUCCCGCUUGCUGCCACUGAAGACCCUCAAAGUGGCCGACUCCUCCCGCACAGACCCCUUGGUGUUGGUCUUCGUGGAGAGCCUCUACUCCCAGCUGGGCCAGGAGAUCGUGGCCAUCCUGGAGUCGAGCCGCUUCAAAUACAGGACGGAGAUCGCCCCGGGCAAGGGGGACAUGCCCACACUGACUGACAAGGACCGAGGACGCUUUGCCCUCAUCAUCUACGAGAACAUCCUCAAGUACGUCAACCUGGACGCCUGGAACCGGGAGCUGCUGGACAAGUACUGUGUGGAGUAUGGCGUGGGCAUUGUCGGCUUCUUCAAGGCCAAUGAGAACAGCCUGCUGAGCGCCCAGCUGAAGGGCUUCCCCCUCUUCCUCCACUCCAACCUGGCGCUGAAGGACUGCAGCAUCAACCCCAAGUCGCCCUUGCUGUACAUCACACGCCCCAGUGAGCCGGUCCUCCUGGCCAAGACCAAGUCAGCCGAGUCCAUCCCACACAUGAGCGUGGAUGCGGCACUGCACACCACCGUGAUGCAGGACCUGGGCCUCCACGACGGCAUUCAGAGGGUGCUUUUUGGCAACAACCUCAACUUCUGGCUGCACAAGUUGGUCUUUGUGGACUCCGUCUCCUUCCUGACGGGCAAGAGGCUCUCCCUGCCCCUCGACCGCUACAUCCUGGUGGACAUCGAUGACAUCUUUGUGGGCAAGGAGGGAACGCGCAUGAAGGUGGAAGAUGUCAAGGCGCUGUUUGACACGCAGAAUGAGCUGCGCACCCACAUCCCAAACUUCACCUUCAACCUGGGAUACUCAGGGAAAUUCUUCCACACGGGUACCGAUGCUGAGGACGAAGGUGACGACCUGCUGCUGUCCUAUGUGAGGGAGUUCUGGUGGUUCCCCCACAUGUGGAGCCACAUGCAGCCUCACCUAUUCCACAACCAGUCAGUUCUUGCUGAGCAGAUGACCUUAAACAAGAAAUUCGCUGUCGAGCAUGGCAUCCCCACUGACAUGGGGUACGCUGUAGCCCCCCACCACUCAGGCGUGUACCCCGUCCAUGUGCAGUUGUACGAAGCUUGGAAGCAGGUUUGGUCGAUCAAAGUGACAAGCACAGAGGAGUACCCCCACCUGAAACCUGCUCGCUAUCGCCGUGGCUUCAUCCACAAUGGCAUCAUGGUACUCCCCCGGCAAACCUGCGGCCUUUUCACACACACCAUUUUCUACAAUGAAUACCCCGGUGGCUCCAGUGAGCUGGAUAAAAUCAUCAACGGGGGUGAAUUGUUCCUGACUGUGCUCCUCAACCCCAUCAGCAUCUUCAUGACCCAUCUGUCCAAUUAUGGCAACGACCGCCUGGGCUUGUACACCUUCAAGCACCUGGUUCGCUUCCUCAACUCCUGGACCAACUUGAAGCUGCAGACGUUGCCGCCUGUGCAGCUGGCACAGAAAUACUUCCAGAUCUUCUCCGAGGAGAAGGACCCACUGUGGCAGGAUCCCUGUGAAGACAAACGACACAAAGACAUUUGGUCCAAAGAAAAGACCUGUGACCGAUUCCCAAAGCUUCUCAUCAUUGGGCCUCAAAAAACAGGAACGACUGCCCUUUAUCUCUUCUUGGGGAUGCACCCGGACCUGAGCAGCAACUACCCCAGCUCAGAGACUUUUGAGGAGAUACAGUUCUUCAACGGACACAACUAUCACAAGGGCAUCGACUGGUACAUGGAGUUCUUCCCCAUCCCCUCCAACACCACCUCCGACUUCUACUUUGAGAAAAGUGCCAACUACUUUGACUCAGAAGUGGCUCCGCGAGCCGCAGCCCUGCUUUCCAAGGCCAAAAUCAUCACCAUCCUCAUCAACCCUGCAGAUCGAGCCUACUCCUGGUAUCAGCACCAGCGAGCUCAUGACGACCCAGUUGCCCUGAAAUACACCUUCCAUGAGGUGAUCACGGCUGGACCUGAGGCUGCUCCGAAGCUCCGGACCCUGCAGAACCGCUGCCUGGUGCCAGGAUGGUACGCUACCCACAUCGAGCGCUGGCUGAACAGCUACCAUGCCAACCAGAUCCUGGUCCUGGAUGGCAAGCUGCUCCGAACAGAGCCUGCCAAAGUGAUGGAGACGGUCCAGAAGUUCCUUGGUGUGACCAACUUCAUCGAUUAUCACAAGACCCUGGCGUUUGAUCCGAAGAAAGGAUUCUGGUGUCAGCUUCUGGAUGGAGGAAAAAUGAAAUGCUUGGGAAAGAGCAAAGGGAGGAAGUACCCUGAGAUGGAUUCAGAUUCGCGCGCCUUCCUGCGGGACUAUUACAGGGACCAUAACAUAGAGCUCUCCAAGCUGCUGUACAAAAUGGGGCAGGUGCUGCCCACCUGGCUGCGGGAAGAGCUGCAGAGCACCAGGUAG